GUGACUGGAGCCCCAUGGACUCUGUGGGGUUGGCUUUCGAGAAUGCAUGUGCAGGAUUGGGCUCUCUGCUUCUUGCAGUCUCCCUCUCCCCCCGGAGUUGCUUUCAAAGCCUUUUCCCUUCCAACCUGCUGCUGUCUCGGGCAGCCAGGGGGCAUCCCCUGCUCUGCUUCAGGAAACUGAAUUUAUUCCUCCCCGUGAACUUUCAUUUUCAGCUCCGAGUGAACCUUCGUCUCACAAGCUGAACAAUUUCAGGGAGAGCGGAGGAAGGAGCAGCAUACACAGCAGAAAUAGGAAAAAUCCACUGAUGAAGAGAGAAUUCUUGUGAUCUCCAAAAAGGGAGAAGAGACCGGGGCGGGUGAGCCAGCGGCAGCGAGAUAUGGCAAAGCAGUCAGGAUCCCCCAAGCGGCAGAAGUGGUGGCUCAGAUUGCGGCGGAAAGAAGACAACGCACAAGAUUCUGAGGACAAGGAAGAAUCAGAACCGUGUAUCGUCCUUCUUGGCAAGGCCGGUGUGGGGAAAAGUGCCACAGGGAACACUCUCCUCGGACGGGAGAAAUUUCACUCGGCUUUUUCAGCUAAGCCAACAACUCAGAAUGUCCAGAAGGAGAGUGGAGAAUUUAAGGGCCAGAAGUUUUCUGUGAUUGACACACCCGCUGUCUCUAGUUCAGAAUCUCUCAAACAGCACAAGGAAGAGAUCAAAAACCUCCGCAAGUCCAGUCCUUACGUUCUGGUCUUUGUGAUCACUGUGGGCCGUUUCACUCGGGAAGACAAGAAAACUGCUAAAAAGGUCAAGAAGGUGUUUAGGAAGAAGUUUGGGAAGCGCAUGCUUGUCUUGUUCACCCACAAAGAGGAUUUGAAAGGUGAAUCCUUGGAGGACUAUGUGGAGAAUUCCCAAAACAAGGCGCUCCUGAAACUGGUUAAGAAAUGUGGGAAUCGCUACUUCGCUUUGAAUAACAAGGCAGCUGGAGAAGAGAAGGAGGAGGCCUCCAAGCUGCUGAUGGAAAAGCUCUGGGAGAUCCUUCACGGGGACGGAUCAAGGCCCUGCACAGAAAAAGGGAAAGAGGAGGAAAGGGGAAAGAAUUGAAGGAUGCUCUUAUAUCAUCUAGUUCAUAGUGUUUCGUUUCUUUCUAAAAUAUGUGGGGCUUCCCUUGUGCCUAAUCUGGAAGUUGCAAUGAGUGCAGGAUGCCACCAUUGUUGACAGCAGCAGGUGUUUGUCAGCCUAGGACGCCUGGGCUCAGAGAACUGCCCUGGCUCCCGAUUUGCUGCCAGGCCAAGUUCAAGGCAUUGCUCUCAGGAUAUUAAGUUCUUAACAGUUUGGGAGCAGUUUAGCCCUGAGAUCGCCUGACCCCACAUGUGGUCUUUGGACUGCUUUGAUUGGCAGAAUGGGCACAGUUACAGGUGCCACAUAAUAUCUGUUCUGCAUUGAAAAGUAAUUGCUCUUUCGGUGUGGCGGCACCAACACUCCCUGCAUAUCGACAUCAGGCAGGCAACUUUGCUUUUUUUUGCUGCCUGCAAAAACAUUUUUGAUCAGACAAGGCUACUCACAUAUUUAGAAUACUGAUAAGUUUGUAGUUUGUCGCUGGGUUUAAUUUGUGGAUGUUUUCAUUGUUAUUAAUCAUAAUCCUGUUGUUUUAUUCAUUUUGCAAAGCAGUUUGAGGUUUUCUACAAUCAAGAGGUAAAGGAAUUUUAUGAAAAUAAUAACAUAACUGUCUGCAGUUUCCUAAACCCCACAUAGGAGUGGAUACAUCAAUCCACUUCAGUUCUCUCGGUUUCUCAUUUUCCCUGUCUUAAACUCUCUGGAAAUGCAUUAUUUUUAUUUUUGAACCAUUAUGAAAGUUUAGCCAUAUUUUUGUGUCAAUUUCUCCUAACAAACACCUUUGUAAAUUACAUACAUACUUUUGCAAGACACAGUUCCUAAUAAAAUGCACCUUUGCAUGUCAUUUUCACGGUUUUACGCGUUCUUGUGAACUCCAGCUAGAGAACUGCGUCGCGAGAUUCCACAAAGGGAGGAUUUUAGAUAUUGGCUGUUUCAUUUUGCUUUGGAAAGUGGAAAUUUACUAUUUCCACCUUUCAAAGGAAGCUGGAUCAAAUUUGUCCUGCAUCCCUCAUUCCACCUCCUUGUUCCUCAGACCCUUUAAUCUGUCUGGUAUUUGUAGGGCAGCCCCAUGGGAAAUCCUAUUGAACUCAGUGGGACUUACUUCUGAGUAAACAUGGUUCGGCUUACAGUGUAAAGCUGCCUAGUCUUUACCCAGUUACCUGGGAGCAGUG